CCUGUUGUUCUCCGCUCCAAUCAUGCAAACUGCUCAACAUUGUUUACAAGAAUUCUACUUUUAGCGGCGGCUGCGUAAUUUAUAGCACUGCAAGACCACUCACGAUAUCUUUGCCGUCACCGCUUCUCGGCUGCACUUCUGAGCAUUGUAUACGAAAUAUUCAUCAAACUCGUCAGAAAGACAAAUGUUGUUGCGCAGCGCGUCCUUGUUGCUUGCUGUUGUGCGGGGUAGUGGAGUUGCGGCACCGGCACAAGAGGAACAUCAGGGCGGGGCGGAUGCGGUAUGUUGUUUUUGCUUUUCAAGAAUUGUUCGGUGAAGCUGCAUUGCUCUUGCCACAAUGAAUCCGCGUUUCGUUUAUCAAGUUGUUUUGCGCACCCGCCCAUCUGUGUGCGGUGUCGUUUCUCUCUGAAAAUAAACGCUGACGCGACAUUCCUAAAUAACAAAUACCAGGCCCCGUGGGUGGACGUAAAGGGCGCGGACACGCGGCAGGUGCCGGAUCUUCCCGCGGACUGGUCUUUUGUCGACGAUGCGCCUAUGAACCUGGAAGGAGAUGAUUUUGUCACGGCAGGGGAUCAUGAUCAUCAACCGUCCGCCGGGAAAAUACCUUCCCCCACUGCCGCUUCUCCCAGCAAACCGAAGAUCGUCAACCCCAUCCUGGUGCAGCGUACCAACUCGGUCGCCUCCACCGCAACGCCGGCAAAUGGGGAUGGCACGACCCGAAGUCAUUUGCUCAAUACACCUUUCGGAACGCCGUAUACGGGUGCGAAAAAAACCUUCGGGUUCAACACCGAGCAAGAGGAGGAUGCGGGCAACGUCCGACCCCUUUUCGACGAGGAAAAGGAGGAAGAAGAAAAAGAGCCCGCGGAGGAAGAAGAAGAAGAGCCCGCGGACUUGCGGCCCUUGUUUGAUGAGGAUGAGGCUGCUAGUCAACUUUUCGAUGAAGACCGAGCGGACGAGCUGUUUCACCAAGUUAUGUACGGUGAUCACUACACGGCGGAACAAGCAAGUCCAAGUUCUGCUCAAAAGCCCGCAUCCUCUUUUUCUUCCAAGGGGCUGAAGAGAAAAGCGAAGGUGAACAAGACUUCCGCUCCCUCGAAGAAAGCAACCAUGGAACAACAAACCAACCUCGCGCGGCACGAGGACGACAUCUUUGACGAGGACCGGGCGGAUUUGCUGUUUCACGAGGUGUUCGGGAAUAAGAAGAAAAAAACGGAAGACCACCCCGCUGGUGCCACUUCUAGUGCUGCAACUCCAUCGAACCAGCAGGAGGAAGCGGAGGGCUCCGCGUCCGAAAGUGAGGACAUGUUCGACGAAAACCGAGCGGACGAGCUGUUUGACGCCAUCUUCGGCCAGGAACAGGAGGGCGAGGAGGAGGAGACGCAGACUAGUGACAUGUUUGACGAAGAACGCGCAGACGAGUAUGCAUAGCAAAAGUAUCGUACUCGUAUGAAUGCAUUACAAAUUUCCUGAGCAUGAGAAAUCUGUAAUCCGGAUUUACCUAAAAAAAAAGAUUUGUAAUGCAAGUCUUGCAUUUAUACGAAUACGAUAGGUUUGCACAGGAUAACGAGUUGUUUGAUGCGAUCUUCGGAAUGACGGAAGAAGACAAGCUGGCCCGGGAGCUGGCCCAGAUGAACUUGCAGGAGAAGGAGCACUCUGGCGCUGCUGUUCCGGAGAAAAGGAGUUUCCGCCUGCUGCCAUCGGUACUUGGAAGAUUUUUGUUUCACUACUAGCGAGAACGAGAAGUGGUCAUAUGCGCAUGUAGGAAAUAAUUUAUCGAUCAUUCUGCACUAGUACAAAAACACCCUAAAUCUUUUAGACCGGCCAGUCGCUGUUCGUGCCGAAAACUUCGCAGAAGACGGGUCUCAAAGUUCACGCGGCGUCUGCCUCGAAGAAGCCGAAGCGCUUGUCGCGAGACAAGGAAAUCGCGGAGCCGCAGAAGAAGGAAGAUGUGCGCUUUCUCCCAUCGGUAUCGGUCUGUUUGGGAAAUGAAGCUAGACGCAGACGUAGCUCUGCUUUUUUGCAUCGCACACCGUUCGAGCUGCCUCAGUUUUUUUUUCCCGUUACUAUGGCAAAAAAUCAACAAAUUUCUAGUUCGGCGCCACGCUGCAGACACCGACGGUGCCCUAUCUGGCCCGCGUGGAGGAACACAGACCGACGACUGCGCCAGAAGUCGACUCGAAUACACCGCACGCGCAAGCAGGUAUGGAAACGAUUUUGGAAGAUAUGUUGCACCCGAUUUUCUGUUUCGCGAUAGAGUCCUAAGCAAAAUGCGUCUUUGAGAUUCGUUCAUAAAAAAACUCCACUCGCUUACAGAAGCCCUGCACGGCGAUACAGCAAGCCUACGCGCCUUCCACGGCAAAGCCGACAUCCGGGCGGCUUCGUGCGACACCUUACGGCAAAAGAUGCAGGAGGAACGGGACGAAUCGGUGCGACGAAGGGACGAGAAACGUUUGGAUGCGAAGGUGGCCAAGCGGACGCCAAGUGUCGUGGGACGAGGGCGCGGGAAAGAUAUGGAGAAGAAAACCUGGAGGCCACGUAAAAGAUCGUUUUUGGUGUUGGAAUUAUAACUGUAAUGAUGUGAGAUUACUGCCCCGUCGUGUGAAUCAUAGUGCGAACUAAGUGGCACUUUACCCUGGUGCAGAGAUUAGGCCAUGCGCUGGGACGCACUACUUAAGUGGAGUACUCAAGCGCACUACUUAAGCGGAGCACUUGUCCGCACUACUUAAGCGGAUUACUUAAGCGCACCACCUAAGCGCACUACUUAAGCGGACUGCUUAAGUGAACUACUUAAGGGCACCACCGAAGCGGAAGCGUACUACUUAAGCGCGUCACAAAGUGCGAAGCAUUUAAGCGAAGCACUUAGCUUAGGCGAAGGACUUAGGCGAAACACUUAAGCGAAGCACUUAAGCGAAGCACUUAAGCGAAGCACUUAGGCGAAGCACUUAAGCGAAGCACUUAAGCGAGCACUUAAGCGAAGCACUUAAGCGAAGCACUGAAGCGAAGCACUUAAGCGAAGCACUUAAGCGAAGCACUUAAGCGAAGCACUUACGCGAAGCACUUACGCGAAGCACUUAGGCGAAGCACUUACGCGAAGCACUUAAGCGAAGCACUCAAGCGAACCACUUACGUGAAGCACGUAAGCGAAGCACCUAAGCGCGAAGCACUUAAGCGGGAAGCAUUUUCUCGACGCAAUUAGGCGAAGCACUUAAGCGAGGCACUUAGGCGAAGCACUUAGCGCCAGUGCUUGGGCGGGGCACUACUUAGGCCAGGCGCUCCUUAUGCGAGGCACUAUUUCGGCGAGGAUCCAUGGCACUACUUAGGCGAGGCACUACUUAACAGAGGCACUACGUAAGAGAGGCGCCACUCAGGUGAAGCAGAUAUUUAGGCGACGCACCACUUAGGAGAGGCGCGCACUACUUAGGCGAGGCGCUACUGUGGUGCACUACUGCUCAAGCGAGGUAGCGAGACGCUAUUCUAGGGAGGCGCUUCUUGUCGCAGGAGCUUCUAAAGGGAGACGCUACAUACUUCAGUACUUAUUUAAGCAAGCCGUCUGUCAUUUACAUUUUGCAUCAACCGUUUCGCCCAUAUUUACAGGCCAAGUCCCCACCGCGUACGACGCAUCGGAGGAGAAAUCCCUCGCCAACGACGACACUACAACCUCCGUGACAGCGGAGCAAGAAAAGCAACAGCUGGCCGAGAAGCGCGCCGCGAGUCUGGUCCCCAGCCUGGCGGACGAGAGGAAGCAUCACAAGGACAUGCUGCAAGCGGGCUUGGAGGCGGUAGCCGCAUACCACAAGGCGCUGGCAGAGCGGCUUGCCGAAUCGGACUACUCGACCUCGGCGAGUCCGCCACUGAAGCCGACCGGGGUGGAGCAGGAUAAGCUGCAAGCCAAUGCGGGUGAUGUAGUUCCGGCAGUGGAACAACUGCAGCCGUUGGACAACUUCCAGCGACUAACCUCCACCGGGUCUUCCUCGAACGACUUGUUUGCCAUGAAUUCCAACGGAAAAUCCGACACCCGAGCGGACUCCGUCGCUUCCAACCGGUUUCGAAAGCAGCAGAGCCGGGACCACUACCAAACCAAGAAGGACCAGCGGCAGUGGGUGCCGAAGCACGCGUUAAUCGCGGCGAAGAAGCAGCAGCAGCGGGAGCGCAGCACGAGUGUGUCCGCAGCGAAGAUGCCGUACAACUUCGACAAAAACGAGGAGAAAUACCUCGCGAAGCGGGGCGCCGGUGGUCUGCGGGGCUGGCAGUAAGCGGGAGAACAGCGAUGUAACUGGUGUGGGUGUGUCUCGGUGAAAAAAUUGGGAUGAACGUGCAGGCCUUUCGAGUAGCAAAGAUUUUGUAGAGAUUGAAAUUUUGCAUUUGCAGCUCCUUUUCCCGAACCUAGCGAGUUGUCAUUAUAGCAAAAUCCUGAGAAUGAACCCAAAUUUAUUUUCGAGUCAAGCUUAAGUACCGCUGUAAAUGUCAAAUUAAAAAAGUAGAAGAUACAUGUAUCAAAAACGCACGUAAAGCUUGGCCAGAGUGCACUAUUUCUGAAACAAUGAAAGCUGCUACCGCAGGGGAAUCGUUUAUUUUUUAUUUUGCAAAACCUUAUUUUCGAUGUAGUAUUGCAAUUGGAUAACGCUGGCAGUUGUUUUUGUCUUGUGGUCUGCUAAACUUUUGUUUUUUGGAAGUCUCCCUGGCUUUUGCAGUUAUCUAAUUUUCAAAUUGACGCUCGAGAAUACUAGUUUUCGCAAAGCAAAUGCUUUUGACAGGAAGAACCGCUGAAGAUUGUCGCAGCGCCUUUUCGAACUAUUUUUUUAACUGACAGUGAAGAAA